GGAGAGGUUGUGGAUACUAUUCAAAUAACUUUCGCACGAAAUAUGCCAGCCUCCAGAAAGAGUUUCCGGCGCUCUCAGCACCCCCUGACUACGCCGAAAGGGAAUCCGGUUCCUUUGCUGUCUGCGGUGAUAUAUUGCCCUGAACAAGAAACAACCCGCCUUAUCUCUGGAUCGAAUUAGUUCCCUCAAUUGAGCCUAACGAGCAGAGGUUUUGCCUUCAGCGUUUCUUUCUUUUGCUACGUGCUCCGCUGCCCGAUGCGGGGCUUGCAGGCAGUAAUGACGGUCAGCGGGCUUUCCUUUCCCUCCACAGACAUUUUCCUCAAUCCAAUCAAUCGGAUGAACGUGCCCGGCCCUUCCUGCCUUCUCUGUUGGGCUCUUGGAGCCCCUUGAAGGUUUUACAAGCACUCCGGUGAAAAAGAGCUUGGGCCCUGCCUGCCAAAGGGAUGUGCAGAAGAGAGGUCUCCCCUUCCCAGCCCAUGCCCCGGUUGCAAACUCCUCUGGAGGUCUUACUGUCCCGUCUGGAGAAGUUAGCACGUGUUAAAGUUUCUGCAGGGCGGGUUAGACCGUGCGAGUUUUCAGGCUGCUUCAGUCACACCAAGUCCCCGCUGGUCCCCCUCCCCGCACCCCCGCACUCAGCGUGUAAAGAGCACACACAAAUCAAUCGCAGGCCACCCCGGGGGCUGAGCCGCCUCUGGGAACACCUUGAUCUGUGCAAAUCUUCGUCUCACGUGGGCCAAAUUGCACUCGGUUUCCACAAGCAGGCGUGUUGGUGGCAGGAUCCUGCCCCUACCCCUCCCAGCGCCCUGCUGUCCCUUCCUGGGAGGAUGGAGAGCACCCCCCACCCCCCAAGCCCCUCGCCCCAGAUUGCUGGAGCUCAGCUGCAGAGGUUGCCUCCGUGCCCACUGGCAUUGCACUUCACCCAGGCGGUGCUCACAGAGCGGCAUGAAGACAAAAUUUCCCGGCAAAGACACAGACUGUCAGUCCCUGACAACCCCGGCACAUUCAUAGCCCCCCUAGCUGCAUCUGUUACCAGAGGAGCACGCUGAAACCAGUGCAUGGAGCCGGUUACUUACUAUAGCAAACACCGAUCCUUCCUCCCUGAGCUUUCGCUGGCAAUAUUCUCUCCCUCGCUGGCUUGAUGUUUGCCUGCCUGUGUCCAGUUCUUUGUGCAGCCUCUCAGUCCAAUUCACAGAUGACUUCCUCCCCACCCCCUCCUCCCCCAACACCUUAGUAGCUUACAUUACUCAGUGAAUCCAAAGAAAAUACUAUGAGAGCUGGAAAUAUGAACUGCUCUCCCUCCCGUCUCAUGAAGGAUCAGCUUCAGUUGCCACUCUUCAAAAUCAACCAAGAAAAGAAAAGAAAAGAAAAGAAAAGAAAAGAAAAGAAAAGAAAAAGGAAAAGGAAAGAAAAUAAUAGAAAGCUCCAAAACAAAAUUUAAAAAAAAAUCCUUGUCACACAAACAGAUUCAAAGUUUCCUAUUUAUUUUAAUUGCUUUCCUUAAACAGCCUCCCCUUGUUUCGCCAAGGGGAAAGCAAAACGAUAGCAAAGAGAGAGAUGCAUAGCCAAGUAUUUUUUUAAAAGAGGUUUUAAGGGGAAGGCUACUUGUGGGUCGGAUACCCCACUAAUAAUUACUUUUUUUUUGGACAAAGCAACCAGAGGCAGGCAGUUAAGGUACAAUGCGAUUGAAAAGGGCCCUGCACAGCUCCUCCCAGGUCUGACAAACGAGAUGAGAAAGAUGGGUGGAAAACGAAAGGCAAGGGGGAAAGGCCAUACUUGGAGAAAGAAAUUCAAAACUUUAGACUAUUGUUUUGGGGUUGGGGAGAGCAGGACACAGCAAAAGAGAGAAAGAGAGAGAGAGAGAAUAGUAAACAAAGCAAGGCAUACCCCCUUCCUUCCUCCAACAGGACUUCCCCCACCAGGUUACCUAACGAGGAGAUGCUAGCCUGAAAAAUUACCCCAAGCAAAUACACAUCCCAAGCAGACCUUUUGCUCUCUCUACUGUAUAGUAGAUGCGGCUUUAUACUGGAAAUUAGAAACAGGGGGAGGAGAAGGCGUGAACAUGGAGCGAUGAGUGUGUGUUGUCAAUCAGAGGGGUUUUGUGUCUCCUUGACUCCUGAUGGUCCAUGGCUGAGGUGUCCCAGGGUGGCACCACAAUGCAUAUGAAUAGGAGUCCUUGCUAAAUGGGACAGUCAAAGCGCACCGCCCUGAAUAAUGGCACGUCAUCCUAACAAGACCAUUAUAGAUAGGAGGGCUCCUUUUGUCUCUUUUCUCUGCUGCAGCUCUAUAAAAGCCCCUCUUUUUCAGGCUGAGGUUAGUUCAAGCAUACACCAACCAGCUCUCCUGUAAACAAGCUGAAUGAAUCACCAGAGAGCGGAGGAGAGGGAAAGAUUAGGGGGUGAGGGGAGAGUUUCCUAGCUUUGUGUGUGUGCGUGUUUGUCUUUUCUUCUCAGAGCCUGCAGUUUCUUUGGUUGUUUUUAAGAAGAGCAAGCCCACUGCACCCAGUCCAGAGCAGGGCAGACUUUUCUGGCUCAGGACCCCCAAUACAAUGAAUUCUGACUCCAGCUCUGUUUCCAGCAGAGCUUCCUCACCAGAUAUGGAGGAGAUGUACCUGAGGGAUCACCACCACCACCACCACCACCACCACCACCAGGACAGCAGGCUCAACUCGGUCUCCUCCACCCAGAACGAUCUGGUGCAGAAGAUGUCCGGGGAGGGCCUCUCCAGAAAUGGCUCCAAGGCAGGAGGGGAGGGCAGCAAGUACAAAAUCAAGAAGCAGCUCUCGGAGCAGGAUCUGCAGCAGCUGAGGCUGAAGAUCAACGGGCGGGAGCGCAAAAGGAUGCACGACCUCAACCUGGCCAUGGACGGACUGAGGGAGGUGAUGCCCUACGCUCACGGCCCGUCGGUGAGAAAGCUCUCCAAAAUCGCCACGCUCCUGCUGGCCAGAAACUACAUCCUGAUGCUCACCAGCUCGCUGGAGGAGAUGAAGAGGCUGGUGGGGGAGAUCUACGGCGGGCACCACUCCGCUUUCCACUGCGGGACGGUGGGGCACUCCGCCGGGCACCCGGCGCACGCAGCCAGCACCGUGCACCAGGUGCACCCCAUCCUCGGCAGUGCCUUGUCCUCAGCCAACACCUCCACCUCCCUGUCCGCCUCCCUGCCCGGGAUUGGCACCAUCAGACCCCCUCACUCGUUACUCAAGACUCCCUCUACUCCUCCCGCCCUCCAGCUUGGCAGUGGCUUCCAGCACUGGGCAGGCUUGCCUUGCCCUUGCACUAUCUGUCAAAUGCCACCUCCACCCCACCUGUCCGCCCUCACCACGACGAGCAUGGCCAGGAUCUCGGGAGAGUCCAAGGACUUACUGAAGUGACUUUUGCAAGCCUUUGGAGAUCGGCCUUGGGCCCCAGGUCCCUGAGAUGGUGGCGCAGGAAGGAAGCCUCCAGCCAAGAAGUCCUGUGCUCGCAUGCAUGCUUCUUCGCCUCGGAUCCCCGCCCGUGCGGCCCCCGCACUGACACCUGAUCUUGUCCAAACUGCAGUUGUUGUAACAAGGGAUUAGUGUAGUAAGGACCUUGCAAAGGUAAUGUUUUAGUUGGAUUUUGGCCUAUGUUCUCUUCUUAUGCUAAAACAGAACGAUAUAUAUAUAUAUAUAUAUAUAUAUAUAUAUAUAUAUAUAUAUAUAUAUAUACACACCCCUGUUGUCAAACACAAAAAUGUAAAUAUUUCCUUAAAAUGGAUGAAAAAAAAAAAUGAUAAAGAAGAGAGAGACAUGGUUGUCAUUGUGCUGCUCACAGCUACAAAGAGACGGUGCGUUGGUUUUGGGUUUGGGGAAGAUUUUUAAUUUUGUUUGAUUGAUUGAUUGAUUGAUUUUGUUGGUUUGGGGGUUUUGUUUGGGUUUUUUGGUUUGCUUGUUUUUGUUCUCUCUCUUUAAGGGCAACAUUUUCCAUCCUGGGACCUCUUUCCUGCUCCAGUCCAGGGGCUGAAAGCUAGCGAUGAAUCUCAACCCUCUGAUAUGAUGUAGCUCCCCAAAAUGCAUGCGUGCUUAUCACUGAACCUUGUUUAAACAUGUUGUACUGGCCACGGGGCCGUUUUCCUUGUAACAAGGAUUUACUAGUGAAUUCUCGAAAAGUAUUUCACAAGUUCUCUUUUUCUUUUUUUUUCCUCGCCUGUGUCUAUAUGAAAGCAGAAAGGGAAAUAGUGCAAGCCCCCCUCCCUCCCCAGCAGCCCCCAAGUCUCUUUGGCCAAGUCCUGCCAGCAGUGCAGUGUGUGGCUGGGCUGGCUGCAUCUCCCACCGCUUCGCUCCCUUGCUCAUUUUUCUGCAUGCAGGGUCGGAUUGGUCACUGUGUUCCUACAUUUGAACCUUCUCGUUGUUUUAUGCUUUGCUUUGUUUUCCUGGGCAUUUGCUUGAAAUAUUUUGUUAGGACCUCAAAGACAACGACGUGUCUUUAUUUUUUAUAUAUUCUUGAUAACUAUCGAUAUAUUUAUUAUUCACCAGUGUUUCUGGAUGAGAUUUCCAAAUAAAAACAAAAUGAA